AGCAUGUGAUUGUCCUAUCAAUAAAUAAAGAGGAAGUGUCAAUUACGGGCCCUGCUAUCCUAUACACGGCUCUUGGAUUUGUUGACUGUUUAGUAAACAUGCAAGUUUACUUUUCAAUUGUCUUCGGUAUAGUUGUUGUGUUUAUCAGCCUUGCAGAAAUAAUUGAAGACAAAACAGCAGUUCUUAUCCUCGCCAGAGGUGGAUCUAAAGGCAUCCGUCUAAAGAAUCUACAACAAGUAAACAAUUCGAGUUUAUUAAAUCGUGCAAUUCACACGGCUAAGAUUGCUGGAAUCCGGGAUGUGAUUGUGUCAACGGAUCAUCCACUUAUAGCCCUAGAAAGCUUCAAAAUAACAACCAUGUCAAACCCUGAAAUAAUAACAUUUGAAGAUCUAGAGGCAACAGAUGUGAUCAGUGUGGAGUUGGUUCCGGAACGUAAAGGCCUCAUUCUGAAGCACUGUGAAUACUAUGUCAGCUCACGGAGACACGGCACCACUGUGACAAGGAGAUACAAUGAGUUUGUGCAGCUGUAUGAUGUGCUGUAUGCUAAGUACCCAUACCGAGCCGUAUGCCGCUUGCCCCCAAAACGCGUAGUGGUCAAUGGGGGCAGCCCCCUUUUCCUCCAACGCCGCCGCGCCGCGCUCCAAAGAUGGCUGACUCUUAUGGCAAGACACCCCGUCUUAGCCCACGAUGCCGAUUUAAGAACGUUUCUGUGCGAGGCGAACUCGAGACUCGAAAAACCGAAACAUGACGAGUUUACGUUGGCAGGGACACAAGAAAGCAGCUCUAGAGACAUGACCACAGAAGAGAUGCAGGCAGCUUUCGUGUCGAGCCAAGAACAACUGCGACUGGUACAGCUGGGCCUAGAUAGGCUGUUCCAAAUCUUCGAGAGAGCGGAAAGUCGCUGUGAAGCAGAAAAGGCGGAUAUAAGGGAACUUGGAGCGGGAUUGAACGCGCUUUCCGCCACCAACGUGUCUGACGCCGCCCGCUGGUCGCCCGUGCGAGAAGCGCUCAAAGUUGCUGCUGAGCUGGCCGUUGAGAUGGGUGAAAAUGCAACAGAAAACACGGACUUCACAGAAGAUGGUAUUGGAGGAAGGCUGCUGUUGGCUCUAGAUGCUUUAGGAGCUUACAGGGAACUGUGCGGGCGACUGACUCGGGGUUUACACGCCGAGCGAGCAGCGGCGGCCGCGCAACACAAGCACUCUGCCGCAAGUCAACUUUUGCGCGAGCGACAUCGAUAUGCGCUGUGUUGCGCCACACAGGAAGCGCUGCUGUCUCGCGCCUACGCACUGGCGGCAGUGGAAUCCCUCCCGUCCCUGUUUCGCACGCAGGGCGCCACGCACGCACGCGUCGCCACUCUGUGGGCCGACCUGCACACGGCCCUUCGGCACGCCGCCAAACCGAAAUAGACCGCUGAGGUAUGAUAUAAGAUAUGUACAUGUAUGUAGUGUAUACAAUAGGCUACCUAGACUCAUAUCAAAAUUGGCACAAUAAACGAUUGUUUUCUAUAGAAUUUGACUUAAGAAACGAAUAUUUAUAGAUUUGAGGUAUUAAAAGUGCACGAUGAGUAAGUAUUUUUGACUAAAAAUGAUUAUAUAUUUUUUUAAAAACGCUGUCGGCCAUGUAGUGACGUCAUAGGAUUCCAACCUAACUUCAUGUCGAAUCAUAAAUUACAUUAAAUGUCAUUUAUGAUUUAAAUAUAAAGCAUGUCAAUUUCUUUUGUUGAGAUUUUACAAGAGAUUUAGAGAAUCAGAUUUUAUGAUCGUAUUUCAUACUGCUUACGUGACGUGUUGUCAUGUAUCCCAACGAUCCUACAAAAAGUCUACUUUCGUAGAUAAUGCCAUACAACACAAACGCGCAGCCGUAAUAAACAUAAUAAAUAUGCGAUAGUCUGUGUCACAGGUGUCAUAAAAUCUAACAGAUGGCGUUAUUUUACCACCACCGACACAGCCACCCCAGACGUAGAUAUUCAUGUUUCUCUUUCCUUAAUUAAUUAAUAAUUGGGCCUAUAUACGUUCCACUGUUGUGCACAGGCCUAAUGAAAAAUAUUAGUUCACAUUUAUUACAAGGUACUUUUUUGUACGCCAUUUGUUUAACAUAUUUUAAUAAUAAAGUUGCUCGUACGGAUCCAAUAUUCGUUCAUAAUCGACCGAUCGUAUUUCUCUCAAUUUCAUAUAAAAAGAAGAAAACCAUAUCUCAUUAGCAGGGAGCGUACUUUUCAUGCCGAUGAUAUUAAUCUGACGUCACGCUCCGUAUAGGAUGAUCCCAAAUAGUUUUAAUGUAAAUUUAAAUCAUUAGUCGUCAAUCAUUUUA